GUGGGAGCCCUGUGGCUGUGCUGGUGGGGGGCUUCCCCCAGCAACUGACAGUCUUACCUGCCUAUGAAACCCCAGGGGCUUGAACUGAACCAGAAGGAAGUGAAACACUAAAAUGUCCUCAUGUGAGCAGACCCAGAGCUGCUGACGCCAUGGAGCUGAGUGUUGUCAUUGGCCACAGCAGGAACAGCCGUGGCUAGCUCACUCUAUGCGCUGCUGUUCGCCUACGUUCCUGGCACUGGUGUGUGAGGCUGAUCCCAGCAAUCCUGUUGCUGUCCCAACCUUGCAGCAUCUUGUGAGCUGACUGGUUCGUUCCGUUCUCUGUCACAGGCCAAGGAAGUGGAUUAAUCCUAACACGCCCGUGGUGCACAGCUCUGCCCUAGUCCUGAGUCACGGCCCCACUGCUCUCGUUCAAUCCCCAUGGAUAGCUGGGCUGAGGCACUGUAAUGCCUGACCUGCAGCUCUUCCUGUUUCAGCCCUUUGCUCCUUCCCCACCCCCUGAUAGACAUCAGCAGAAUUAGAACGCCAGCCUGAGGGGCUUUCAUGGUGGGAAUGUGACUCUGUUUUGCAGUGCAGUGCUCUCUGCCAACCGGGCGCCCAGGCCAUGAAUGGCACACUCAUCCCAGGCACGCCCAUCGCGGUGGAUUUUUGGAGCAUCAGGAAAGCCAGCCAUGCUCGCUUGUUCUUUCUCUCUCACAUGCACUCUGACCACACAGUGGGGUUAUCCAGCACCUGGAACCGGCCCAUCUACUGCUCCCCCGUGACGGGUCGCAUCCUGCACCACAGGCUCAAGGUAGCGGAGUGCUGGAUCCGGCCCAUGGAAGUGGGGCAGAGCCACAUGGUGGCCCUUGACGAGGUUGGUAAAAAGACCAUGACGGUGACCCUGAUAGAUGCCAACCAUUGCCCAGGCUCAGUCAUGUUCCUCUUUGAGGGCCCCUUUGGUGUCAUCCUCCACACAGGUGAUUUUCGUUACACUCCCACCAUGCGGCAGGAACCAGCCUUAAGGAACCAGAAACAAAUUGACGUUCUCUACUUGGACAACACAAACUGCGACCCUCUGGUCAAACUGCCUUCUCGACGGCAGGCCACUGAACAGAUCAAAGAGCUGAUCAGGGCCCACCCAAAGCACCAGGUCAAGAUUGGGACCUACAGCCUGGGCAAAGAGUCGCUCUUGGUGGACUUGGCCUUAGAAUUUCACACCUGGAUUGUGGUGAGUCCCAAGAGGCUGGAGGAGAUGAAAGUGCUGGGCCUGGUGGACGUGUUCACCACCGAGGAAGGGGCUGGCUGGAUCCACGGCGUGGACCUCUCGGAAAUCUCCUGGAAAUCCAUGGUCAAAUGGAACCAGCAAUGCCCCACCAUUGCCAUUCUCCCCACCAGCCGCCCGAUGAAGAUCGCCCACCCCAGGGUUCACCUCGUGCGCUACUCAGACCACUCCUCCUUCCUGGAGCUCCUGGAGUUUGUAGAGUGGCUGAAUCCCUGCUCCAUAGUCCCAAUUGUCAAGAGAAACGUGUGCCUCCCGUACCUUGAGAAAUACCUGAGCUCCAACCACAAGCCGUCUCCUGAGCCCCAGAUUCCAGAGUCUGGGCAAAAGUUCACACAGCUCAGAGAGAGCAGGGAGCAGCAAGGAGCUGCAGAGCCUCUGGGAACAGCUACCCUGCAGCCUGUGCCUAAGAACUCCUUUGCGCACCCAGAGAACUGGACUGAAUGGCUGGAGUGUUUCGGGGGGGGGAAGACCAGCCAGCAUUGCUCCUCGGAGCAGCCUAGACUGCCUGCCACCCAUUCAGAAGGCAGCCCUGGAUGUUGCCGAGGGGAGAGGACGGGAACGAAAGUGGAGUUAUGCCAGGUGCAUGAUUUCCAUAGGCAGCUGUUGUCAGUACAGCCCAAUACACGGACACCUGCCAGAACGCAGCUGCCGCCACCACAGGACACUGAUGCCUGCCGGUCCCAAAGCAGCGCAGAGGGCCGAGCAUGGCCCCACACAAAUCCUUUAUCUUGGCAUGCAAGGAAGAAACAAGCGGCCCACCCCACCCCAUGCCAGCCUCCCCCGGGGGACUGGACACCCUUACUGCUGGCCUCCGCACAGAGGAAGGCAGCUCUCCCCUCGCACAGACAGAGUUUAACCUUCCUGCUGAUGCCUGCCGGUCCCAAAGCAGCGCAGAGGGCCGAGCAUGGCCCCACACAAAUCCUUUAUCUUGGCAUGCAAGGAAGAAACAAGCGGCCCACCCCACCCCAUGCCAGCCUCCCCCGGGGGACUGGACACCCUUACUGCUGGCCUCCGCACAGAGGAAGGCAGCUCUCCCCUCGCACAGACAGAGUUUAA